AUGGAGACAACAGCCUGUAAUGAAUCCAAAGACACCUCAACCACCUUCUAUCUGGUGGGCCUCCCCUCUCUGCCUUCAUCCUUCUAUCUCCCUGUCUUCUUCAUUUUCCUCUUCCUCUACCUGCUCAUCCUGGUAGGCAAUGCCCUCAUCCUGGUGGCCGUGGUGGCAAAGCCCAGCCUCCACAAACCCAUGUACUUCUUCCUGCUCAACCUCUCAGCCAUGGACAUUCUUUUUACCACGACUACUGUCCCCAAGAUGCUGUCCCUUCUCUUGCUGGGGGACCGCUUUCUCAGCUUCCCUGCCUGCUUCCUGCAGAUGUACCUCUUCCAUAGCUUCCCCUGCUCUGAAGCCUUCAUCCUGGUGGUCAUGGCCUACGACCGCUAUGUGGCUAUCUGCCGCCCACUGCACUACCCUGUCCACAUGACCCCCCACAACAACACUGCUCUGGCGGCCAGCGCCUGGCUCACAGCCCUCCUCCUGCCCAUCCCCGCCGUGGUGCAGACCUCCCACAUGGCUUUUGACAACAUCACCCACGUCUACCACUGCUUCUGUGACCACCUGGCUGUGGUCCAAGCCUCCUGCUCAGACACCACACCACAGACCUUCAUGGGCUUCUGCAUUGCCAUGACCGUGUCCUUCCUGCCCCUUCUCCUGGUGCUUCUCUCCUACGCCCGCAUCCUGGCCUCAGUGCUUCGCAUCAGCUCCCAAGAAGGACGCUCCAAAGCCUUCUCCACCUGCACCUCUCACCUCCUGGUGGUAGGCACCUACUACUCAUCCAUUGCUAUCGCAUACGUGGCCUACAGGGCUGACCUGCUGCUCGACUUCCACAUCCUGGGCAACGUGGUGUAUGCCAUUCUCACGCCUGUCCUCAACCCACUCAUCUACACCCUGAAGAACAAAGACGUCAAAGCAGCCAUCACCAAAAUGGCAUGUCCCUGGGACCUGGGACCGUCUGGGAAACCCUGA